AGGGUAAGUUCCUUAAAUAUGUGUGAUGUUAGGUUUUGAUGUAUAUAGUAUAUAUAUGCCAUAAAUUAACCUCAUCAUAUAUACAUAAAUUCCCAAACAUUCUUCCGAUCCCCAAGUCUCACCACCAUCAUCAUCAUCAUAUCCCAUCCUCAAUCACUCUCUUCUGCUCUACUCUUUCUUCCCGGCUUCCUACAUGGAAACUUCCACAGGGCAUGUGCUUCCCGGAUUAGGUUUCUUUCUGGUCGGUUUAUGGCACAUGUUGAACCAGAUAAAACUCCAUGCCACGCACCCAAAAUCCCACUUCUCUGUCCUAUGGUUUCCAUGUCCAAAAAUCAGAUACUUAGAGCUUUACAUUAUAAUCUUGGGCAGCUUUGCCUUCAUCUCCAAGGAGGUCUUGAUGGGCCUUCAAACUCACACGUCUCUGGACCGCGACGGGACCAUACCCUUCCACCAGCUCCGCAAGUUUGAGCACGCAAACGUCGCCACCGCCCUCAUUGUGCACGCGGUUUUUAGCAUGGUUUUGGACAUGGCAGACCCUCCGGCUAAGCACGGGAUGGCCCAGCUCUUUGGGGUCGUGGUUUUUGGGCAAGAGCUUCUGAGUUUUAGCAUGCAUUCCACUGACCAUAUGGGGGUUGAAGGGCAGUACCAUUUCUUCCUGCAAAUCAUCAUUCUCGUGUCCUUAUCCACUACCCUUAUCGGCUUUCCUUUCCCCACCAGCUUCAUGAACAGCUUCGUGAGGUCUUGCAGCGUUAUGUUCCAAGGGAUUUGGUUAGUCGUAAUCGGAAUCAUGCUUUGGACGGCGAGGUUUAGCCCGAAAGGCUGCCUUUUCACGGAAGAAUAUGGGCACCAUGUGGUCAAGUGUCGCAGCGAGGAAGCGGCCAUGCGAGCCAAGUCCCUCGUCAACAUUCUGUUCAGCUUGUCCGUGAUUGGAUUCACCAUUUUUGUCGUCACUGUCUACUUGGUGCUCGUCAAGUGCUACUCUGAAAAUAUCGCCUACGAGUCGUUGUCGACCAAUAAGUUUGAGGAUAAUGAAAAGGAGAAUUUGAUUCAUGAUGUUGAGUCGCAGAAGGGUUUCGUUGAGAUGGGGAAGUUAAUUGUGUGCCACGGUACGGUAGACAUGAAAUGAUGACUUUUUUUUUUUAAAUUUUUUUUUAAGCAAUUAAGUGUGGUAUAUAUAUUAAUUCAGGAUUAUGAUGUGUGAAAAAUGAAAUGUGUGAUAAAUUUUAGGAUAGUA